UCCUGCGUCGUUUCGUUUUGGUCCUCCGAGCUUUCCGUAGCACGCAGUCCCACAUGUGCAAACUAGUACCUAAGUGAAAUUCUCUGGUUUGAACGACUAAACUAUUGCUCAAGUCAUGUCUGAAGAAAUGUCUCCAAUUGAACUGAAAGUGGCUCGACAAAUCGAGUACUACUUUGGGGAUCACAAUCUUCCAAGAGACAAGUUUCUCAAAGAACAACUUCAGCUUGAUGAUGGAUGGGUGCCUUUGGUGACUAUGCUGAAAUUUAACAGACUGAAAUCUAUAACCUCCAACAUCAUAAUUUCCGCUCUCCAGAAAUCCAAAAGUGGCCUUUUGGAAAUCAGUGAGGACAAGACUAAAAUCAGGAGGUCUCUAGAAAAACCUUUACCUGAAAUCAACGACGAGUACAAAGAUGCUCUUAAACACAAAUCUGUGUACAUGAAAGGUUUUCCCUUGGGAACCACCCUUGAUGAGAUCCAGGAGUGGUUGAAUACAAAAGGCAAUGUUGAAAACAUUCAAAUGAGAAAAGACAUGGAGAGACAGUUCAAGGGAUCGGUGUUCAUCUGUUUUGACACGGAAGAAUCAUCCAAGCAGUUCCUUGAACGUUCAGACAUCAAAACAUUCAAAGACAAUGAGUUGCUUGUGCUAACAAGGGAAGCCUACCACGCAAAGAAAGCAGAAGAGCGAAAACAACAUAAGGCAGAGACAAAAGCAAAAGUGAAACAGGAUAAAGAACAGCAAGAGAAGCAUGUGGAAAAGAAAGAUAUGGAUCAACUUUUGGAAGAACACGCAGGUGCCUUGUUAAUGUUCUCUGGAGAGCUGGAAGAUGUUUCCAGAGAGGACUUCCAUGAAGUGUUUUCAGGGCAUGGACGAAUCAAGUGGGUUGAUUUUACAAGAGGUGCUAAAGAGGGCACCCUCCUCUUCGACGGAAAUGCAAAGGAAGCAUUUGAGAAGGCCAAAGAAGCAAAUGACGGGGAGCUUAAAGUCAAGAAUAACGUUGUUACAUGGAAGUUUCUUGAAGGAGAAGAGGAAAAAGAGGUCCUAAAGAAGAUCAUCGAAGCGCAACAAGAAACACUCAGUCGGAGCAAAGGAAGAGGAGGCAGAGGAAAAUUCGGUGGCAGAGGGGGAAGGGGUGGUCGCAGAGGAAGAGGGGGAAGAGAUCAAGGUAAAACUCAAUACCAGGGCAAGAAGACGAAAUUCGAUAGCGACGACGAGGAAGCUCCCGCUGCUCAAAAGAGAGAACUUGAAGAAGCUGAUGGGCCUGCUGCAAAGGUGGCCAAAACGGAAAAUGGAUCCUAAUCAGGCCACGCUCCAAUUAUUUCUUGUGGACAAAACUUUUAUUCUACACAGAGGCAAAUGAGUCCAUUCCAAUCAAAAGCUUCAGGCUUUGGAAAACCGUAGGAAGUCCACCUGAAUGUCGACCUGGAGAACGAUUUUGAAAAGCUUGGUGUCAGUUUUCUGAUUUUAAGUACUUCGAUGCACCUAUGUUUAUCUUAAGACAAUUUUGUUUGUAUUAUGUAUAACUUUCUGAACAGAACAUAUGAGUUGGUUUUGUGUGACAAGAAUCUGACACUUUCUUGGAGAUUUCCUACAUUAUUAUGAAAAGCUUUGCUAUUUUGGCGUUUUCACUGCGCAUUGCAAAUAAACCAUGCGUAACAAGUUAGCAGUUCCAAUGUGCCUGUUCAGCAGCUGUCCAGAUCGGAAAAGGGAGUGAAAAGCAAUGACACCCACCGAUUUCUUUUUGUGAAACUUGUAAGAAGCCGGCAAGUCGUAUCUCAGUUCUGUUGACAAAAAUGUAUACAAAGAAAGUCAAAGGUUACUAAUUUCAACUGUUCUGAUGUUAUUUUUAUUACCUGCAAUGACUUCCAUCUUCACUCCCCAAUCAUUGGCCUUCUUCUGUAUGUGCUGGAAUGGGAAAACAAUAAAAAUGUUCAAAAAUUCA